UUUCCAACCCUUUUGGGUGCCUUCCUUCGCACAGCCGCCCCCGCCGUCGCUGCAGGGUGGGGCUGUGCGUUGCAGCCCGGCCUCCCGAGGCGAGAGGCGGACAGCUGAGCGAGCCCAGGAGCCGCACGGGCGCUCUUGAGGCGGCGGAGCCACCUGAAAGCCCCACAGCCUCAGGUCUCUCCCCUCCUGCCCCCUGCGCGGAUUCGCCGGGCUGGGCGGGAACGAGGCUCCUGAAGGAAGGUUUCUGCUUGUCCUGGGUCUUUUCCACGCUCAGCGAGCCGCAGCAAGGCGAGCUGCAGCCGCCGCCUGCUGCUCGCACAAACUGGGCUCAAAAGUUUGGAAGACACUCUGCAACAGCUGACGCGCCGCUUUCUUCGUGUCUUCUGUGCCUUUCCCUUGAAGCGGGACAAGCACCAGCCGGAGGGCUCCAGCUUCGCGCGUGGAAGGGGUGGAGAAACGUCGGGUGAUGGACGGGCGCUCGUGAACUUUGCCACCCCGUGAAGGAGAGGAGCGCGGGGUGGGGGGAAGAGGAGCAGCGCCCGCCAGUCAGCAGGAAAGGAUGGUUACUCGGACCAAGUAACGUCAACAUGAUGUCUUAUGAAAGCCAAGUGUGGUGCUAUCAAUGGAAGUGGAAGCUCCAUUUGCUGUUUUUAUUCACUCUCUGUCUUCUGUGUGUACAAUACUCAGUUCUUGGAUGCUCUGAGUGUCGCAUGGUGCUCUCCAACCCCACAGGAAUUUUUACCUCUCCCUGCUUUCCUAAUGAUUACCCCAAUGGUCAAGCAUGCAAGUGGACCAUCAGGGCUCCUUCUGGAUUCAUAAUUCAGAUAACUUUUGUUGAUUUUGAGAUCGAAGAAGCUCCAAACUGCAUGUAUGAUUUCCUGACAAUAGUCACUGGAGACAAAAAAUUUCCUUUUUGUGGUGUCACUGCCAAAGGUUUAUCGUUUAAUUCAUCUGGGAAUGAAAUGAUUGUGUCUUUUACAAGUGACUUUAGUAUCCAAAAGAGAGGCUUCAAUGCCACUUAUACCCGAGUUGCUGUGUCUUUAAGGAAUCAAAAAGUCGUUAUCCCACAGUUCCAGGAUGCUGAUUCUGUAUCUCUGGCAAAUUCUAUACAACUACCAGAACUUAAUCAAUUCACACUGUGCUUUGAAGCAACAGAAAACAGUAAUGAUAGUCGUGACUGGAAGGCUUUCUCCUACCAUGAUCCUUCAUCUACAGAACUCCUCAGCUUUGGAAAGACAAAAAAUGGCCACUUCAUAGUUAUCUCAGAUACAGAAUGUCCUUUAGGUGAUGCACUUGACACCAAUUCAAAUGGAGACUUCUUCACAGGAAUGUUUGAGCAGCUUUGCAUUAUAUGGGAUAGUUUCUCAGGCACAAUAGGUGUACAUGUCAACAACAUGUAUAAAACAGUAUACUGUUUAGAUACGUAUGGAAAGGUCAUUCAAGGUAAUGGGAAAUUGGUUUUGGGCUCUGACAAAAAUGAAAUAAACCCUCUCAAUGGAGAUAUUUACAACUUCCGCCUCUGGAACUUCACAAUGAACUCUCAAGCACUUUCCAACCUCAGCUGUGAUGUGAAAGGCAACAUUAUAGACUGGGAAAAUGAUUUUUGGAGUAUCCCAACAUCAGCACUGAAAGCAGAAAACAACUUGAGUUGUGGUUCCUAUCUCAUUCCCCUGCCUACAAUUGAACCAACUAGCUGUGCAAACUUAGGAAGCCUUUGCCAAGCUACUGUAAAUUCCACCACUACAUCACCCACUGUCACAACUAACAUGCCUGAUACUAAUAGAACUGAUAAACAAAACAAUGGGGGAUUAUUCUACAGAAUUGCCAUUACAGUCUACAAUUACAACCUUGAUUCAGAGUCAAAAGUUCAGAGUACAAUUGCAGAAUGGCUAAAUCACACCUUUCAGAAUUGGAAUUACACAGUAUAUGUUGUCAAUAUCAGUAUUCAUUCAAACACUGUGAAAGAAGGGGUGAGGGAAAAGAGAAACGUAAACCGUCAAAGUUUUGAUGUCCGUGCUCUUUUGGUUUACAAUUCUACCAACAAUAUAAGUUUAGAAGAGCAAACAAUCCGAAACAAACUCAUAAGUAGUAAUGAGACAAUGGGGGAUGGGUUGAAACUCCAUACAGUGGAUGUCAAUCCAGUUGAAAAAUGUGCAGCUGGGAAAAGUCCUGACAACUACUACUGGCCAGAUACUAGACCAACAGUGACUAACUAUACAUUCUGCCAUGGUAGCUCAACCCAGAUUGCAUCAAGAACAUGUUUUCUAGACCUGCAUAAUUAUACAUCGUACUGGGGUGCUCCUGACCUUAGAAACUGCACAGAAAAUGCAGCUGAUAUAGCCAAUCAGCUUCUAAAUCUCACUGGGGAAGGGCAGCAGUUGACUUCAGACAAAGUCAACGAUGUUGUCCAGAAACUUAAAAAAAUUGUGAACGAUGAAGAAAUCAAUGAAUCUCUGGGUUCCACUGUGGUUACAAUAUUUUCCAAUAUUCUCACCAGUUCUGACAGUGUUUUGGCAGCAUCAUCUUCAGAAGCUAUAAAGACCAUUGACGCUUUAGCAUUAAAGAUUCAAUUUUCAGGCCCAUCCAUGAGCAUCUCAACGCGGAACUUGGCACUUGGUGUUUCCUCUCUGAAUUCAACUUUAUUCAGUGGCUCCUCCUUCAGUGUCAGCCCCCAAAACAAUGCUUCAGACUUUCAGAUUGAUUUCGACAAAAACCAGGGAAAUUCCUUGGCUUCUGUCACAUUGCCACCAAGCUUACUGGAGAACUUAAGUCAAGAAGAACUUGAAGCUAUUUCCAGGGCUCAGUUUACUUUUUUCAAUAAAAAUGGUCUCUUUCAGGAUGCAGAAGCUCACACCAAUUUAACCAGUUAUGUGGUGGCAUGCAGUAUUGGCAAUAUUACUAUCCAUGAUCUUCAGGAUACUGUGAAGAUUACAAUUAAGCAUACAAUUAAACAUACCAAAAUCCAGCAACCCACCUGUGUCUUUUGGGAUAUGAACAAAAACAAUGGCCAAGGUGGGUGGAAUGAUACAGGUUGCUUUGCACAAACAGAGUCAAAUGAGAAUGAGACUGUUUGCUUAUGCAAUCAUCUUACACACUUUGGAGUACUGAUGGACCUUCCUGGGACUGCUUCAGAAAUUAGUUCUGAAAAUACCAAAGUCCUCACUUUCAUAACAUACAUUGGUUGUGGAAUAUCUGCCAUAUUUUCAGCUGCAACUCUUCUGACAUACAUUGCUUUUGAAAAAUUGCGAAGGGAUUAUCCCUCCAAAAUCCUUAUGAAUUUGAGCACAGCCUUGCUUUGUUUAAACCUCGUCUUCCUUCUCGAUGGCUGGAUUGCAUCAUUUGAUAUAGAAGGCCUAUGCAUCGCUAUUGCUGCUCUUUUGCACUAUUUCCUUCUGGCAACCUUUACAUGGAUGGGCUUGGAAGCUGUUCACAUGUAUAUAGCGCUAGUGAAAGUGUUCAAUACCUACAUUCGUCGAUACAUACUAAAAUUUUGCAUCAUUGGCUGGGGCUUACCCGCAGUGGUGGUGAUCAUUGUUCUAGCAAGCACAAACACAAAUGCAAAUAGUAUUUACAGCAAAAACACUAAGGGACAAGGUGGAGAUGAAUUCUGCUGGAUUAAAGACAGAAUUGUGUUUUAUGUGACCUGUGUUGGCUACUUUGGAAUCAUGUUUCUCAUGAACAUUGCCAUGUUUGUUGUGGUGAUGAUGCAAAUCUGUGGAAGAAAUGGAAAACGGAGCAAUCGAUCUAUGCGGGAAGAGAUACUGAGGAAUCUUCGUAGUGUUAUUAGCUUGACCUUCCUGCUAGGCAUGACAUGGGGCUUUGCUUUUUUUGCCUGGGGGCCACUAUAUCUCCCAUUUGUGUACCUCUUCUGUAUUUUCAACUCAUUGCAAGGUUUAUUUAUAUUUAUAUUCCACUGUGCCAUGAAAGAAAAUGUACAGAAACAGUGGAGACGACAUCUCUGCUGUGGCAGGUUCAGGCUGGCAGACAACUCAGACUGGAGCAAAACAGCAACAAACAUUAUUAAAAAGAGCUCAGACAAUCUGGGGAAAUCCUUGUCUUCCAGUUCUAUUGGUUCCAAUUCAACCUAUUUGACGUCUAAAUCAAAAUCCACAUCCAAUACCUUCCUUAAAAGGAACAGCCAUUCUGACAACGUUUUUCAUGACAAGUCUUCACCAAAAUACAUCCAAGUGGACACGGAGCAGACAUCAAUUAUCCCAGUUCACCAGGUUAUUGACAAAGUAAAGGGGUACUACAGUACUCAUUCUGACAACUUCUAUAAAAACAUUAUCAUGUCGGACACCUUGAGCCACAGCACAAAGUUUUGAGUUUUUUAUCAUCAUUUUACAAACGGCCUGAGGCUUCAGAAUGGAGAAAGGACUUGGUAACUGAAUAAUGAAAUAAAUAUUUACCAAGGCUUGUGCUUUGUCCAGUUAUAUCAACAUUUCUUUAGCAACUUCAUAUCAAAAAGGGUUUCCCCCUCUCACAUACUGUUGCAGGAAUCUAACAUCUAAUUAGUUUUCUCCACUAACAUAGGUUGACCCUUCUUCAAUUGUCAGAUUUCUGCCAUGUCCUAUUAGCAUAUUAGUUGUGUGUUGAUCCCAUCUGUACCUUUUUAAAAAUUAAGAAGAUCCUAGAGCACUAAAAUGAGACUUGUAACUCUGAAAGAAAACUAAAUGCAUACUACCAAGAUUUUGGAUGCAACAUUUUUAGAUGAAGUAGUUCUCAGUUGAUUAUGUCUUUACUUACAAGCUAUAUAUUUAUUUUUAAUUCCUUCUUCUUGGGUAUUUCGUCCACAGUUUUUGGUGGGGUUUUUUUUGCUGGUUUCCCCCCACAGACAAGGAAACCCUGUCAUUAGUGAAUUAAUUGCACCUGUUGGCACAAAGCAAAACUGUGUUCAAAUAAUACACUCUUGAUUUUCUUUGCUAAGUCUGGGCCACAUUUAUAACUUUGUGACAGAUAUAGCUGUCAUGUAGGUCUGUACUUCUUUACUUUUAGAGGUGCAUGAUUAAGAGUUUUGUGUAACUUGAAAGUUUGCAUUGUUCUAGAGCAGGGCUGCACAACUUUGGUCCUCCACCUAUUUUUGGCCUACAUCUCUCAUCAUUCCCAGCCACAGUGGCCAGUAGUCAAGGAUGAUGGGAGUUGUAGGCAAGCAUCUGCAGGAGGGCAGAUUGUGCAGCCCUGUUAGAGAGCAAAAAGAAUUGGUCCAAUAAAACACAUCACCUUUCCUAUCUAUUAUCAGAUAAGUGAAUUCCUGUGCCAGGCCCAAAGUAUCAUCGUUAAACUUUCAUUAAUUGAAUAUAAUGGAUGAAAAUGCAACAGUUUUCACAUUGUUUACCUGAUCCAAGAGUUCCUUUACAUGUAUAAGAUAGCCAGGAUGGAGCAUGAGCAAGGCUUACCCAUUGAUUCCAAUAUCAAGAGCAACUGUGUAGCCAGUUUCUGUGAUGCAUUCAGACCAAAGAGCUAAUUUAAGUCAGUGGGAAGCCUAUUGAUGUAGGAGCUCCAUGUGUGCAUGAAACCACACCUACAUCAAUGUAUCAGAGCCUCUGGUUGUUAACAUGUGCAUAUUUAUGCAUUUUGCCUAUGUGUGUGUAUCAGUGUAGAGAAUAAGUAGCAUCAACAUGUUGCUUGGAGAAGUAUGUUCCACUUGCACAAGAUGGGAGAGGAUACUUUCACUGAUCCCUCUGCUUCCCUCUGCUUCCCUCUGAAGCCUCCUGUGUUCCCUUGCCCUAUUAUGUCCCUGAAGGUCUCUCAGGAAUAUGUUUUUAGGGGGCAUUGGAGACAGCAGACAAGAGUAUAGGUGAACAUCGCUCCUCCUCCCUUGCACUAGCAGAACAUAAUUCAAGCAGAAUUUUAGUCUGGAUCCUGCUCAUUGACAUGUUGCAUAAAAUCAGUUGAAAAAUUUAUUCAAAUGCACCAAUCCACAGAAGCAGCUGAGUUUUCACACUUUUAUUUUUUAUUUAUUUUUCAGAACAACACUUUUACCACCAUCCUCCAACAUUAAACAGCCAUUCACAUUUUUACUCCUCCAGAUUUUAACAACGUUUUGAAUUGCAGCCUGUUGCUGCAAUACACACAUUUAGAGCCAGUGAGGAGCUUCAGAUUAACACUGCGCUAGCACAGCAGAAAAUGUUGUGCAUAUGCAAGAUGAUAAUGUAGUAAAGUUGUGCAACCUCCUGUAUAAGUGCUGUGCUUGCAAGAAGGAUAGCAAGGGCUGACACCCAGACUAGUGCUGUGCUAGCACAAAGAGAGGGGUUAUUUAUUUUUAUUAUUUAAUUUAUAUACCACCUUUCAUUAAAACAAUCCCAAGGUGGUUUACACAGAAUUUAAAAACAAGAUUGUAAAAAUGACACAAUUAAAAUAUUAAGCUAAAAAUCUAAAACAAAUCUGAUUAAAAAUUUAAAACACAAGCAUAAAAGCAGCACAAAAUACAAAGAAGCAGCAGCAGAGACAAUCAUAUAAAAGCCUGGGUAAAACGCUAAGAUUUAACAUGCUUUCUAAAAACUGUUAUGGAGACAGAGUAUUGUUAAAUGUAUAUGUUAUGCAUGUAUCUAUGGAUCUCAAUAGGCUAGAUCCAUUUCAAACUGGUUUUUUGGCAGGCUAUGGGGUUGAGACUGUCUUGGUUGCCCUGAUUUAUUAUCUCCUAUUAGGAAUUGGCAGAGGAAUUGAUUAUGUUGGUCAUUUUGGAUCUCUUGGUGGCUUUCAAUACCAUCGACCAUGGUACAUUCUGGAGCAUCUGAGCGGGUUGGGAGUGAGCGGUACUGCUUUACUGUGGUUCCACUCCUACCUCUCGGGCAGAUUCCAGAUGGUAUCACUUGGAGACUGUUACUCUUCAAAACAAGAGCAUCAGUAUGGAGUCCCACAAUGCUUUUUUAACAUCUACAUGAAACUGCUGGGAGAGAUCACCAGAACUUUGGUGCAGGGUGCUAUCAGUAUGCUGAUGAUACCCAAACCUCAUAGGGAAAAGGCAUAAGUUCCCUAAAUAUCUUCCUAGAGACAAUGAUGGGCUGAAUGAGGGAUAACAAACUGAGACUGAAUCCAAAUAAUUUGGAUUUGAAUCCAUCCAAAUAAGAUGGAGGAACUUAUUGUGCGGAGUCAGAACUCAGGAGACAACUUUGAAUUGCCUAUCCUGAUUGGAGUUUCACUUCCUCAGAAGGAACAGGUAUGCAGUCUGGGAGUGUUUCUGGAUCCAAACCUCUCAGUUUGAGGCAGGGGCCAGAGGUUAUUUCUGUCCGCUUCAGCUGAUACUCCAUCUGCAUCUGUUUCUUGAGAUAAACAACCUCAACACAGUAGUGGAUAUGCUGAUAACCUCCAGACUUGAUUAUGGUCUUCUGUACAAAGUCCGGAAACUGCAAUUGGUGCAAAAUGCCAUAACAAGGUUGGUCUCUGGGUCAGCUCAAAGAGACCACAUUACACCUAUACUAAAAGAACUGCACUGGCUACCAAUGUUUCCGGGCAAAAUACAAAGUGCUGGUUGUAACCCAUAAAGCCCUAAACAGCUUAGGUUCAGGAUAUUUAAGAGAACACCUCCUUUGUUAUGAGCCUCUCCCCUAUUUAGAUCAUCAGGGGAGGUCCGUCUACAGUUACCACCAGCUUGUCUGGUGGCUACUCAGGGAUGGGCUUUCUCCAUUGCUGCCCCGAGGCUUUGGAAUGUGCCCCCUGUUGAAAUAAGUGUCUUCCCAUCUCUGAUAACUUUUAAGAAGGCAGUUAAGACACAUUUGUCCAUCCAGGCUUUUAAUAAGGCUUUUAAUUCGAUUUACAGAUGUUAACAAAGUUUUAAUUUUGGCUGUUUUAUUGUAAACUGACCAGAGAGAUAGGUUUGGAGUGGUAUAUAAAUAUGUUAAAUAAAAGUUUGCAGAUAUGUGCAAAGUUGUGGUGCUUUGCAAUAUACAACCGCUGGAGGGAGACCCUCUCCAGGACAUAUACAAAGUUGUAAUAAUAAUAAUAAUAAACUUUAUUUUUUAGCUGCCCCAUAACAAAUUGUUCUCUGGGUGGCUCACAACAGAGGAUUAAAACAUACAAUAAAAACACAUAAAACAUUAAAUUAUAACAGACAAAAAAGUGAAAAUACAAAAUACAAUACAAAGCAGCUUAAAAACUCAUUUUAAAAUUAGCUAAAAAUCAGAUCAAAUCUGAAAACUCAAAUUUUAAAGACCAGGGUGAACAAAAAGAUCUUUACCUGGCAUCUAAAAGAACAACGUGAUGAAGCCAGGUGAACCUCACUGGGGAGGUUAUUACAUAAAUGGGGCGCAACCACCCACCCCACCUCAUUUGACAGGGGAACCUGGAGGAGGGCCUUCAAAGAAAAUCUUAAGGUACAGGUAGGGACAUAUGGGGCAAGCUGCUUUCUCAGGUAACCUGGUCCCAAGCCAUUUAGGACUUUAAAGGUUAAAAACCAGCACUUUGAAUUGGGCCCAGAAAUAGACUGGCAGCCAGUGUUGUGUAGCAUGUUAACAUCUUCUGAGCAGACAUUCAUUUCUUUGUGCAUUUCUUUCUGCUACAUCCUUGUGCUAGUGCAACAGCAUUGUGUUAGCAUGAAACAAGUAUGGCAUGUAAGCUUUUGACUUCAUGGAACUAGCUGGUGCAACAUCCUUGAGCUAGCACAAGCUGUUUACACAAGUGCAGCAUUAGUCUGGAUGUGAGACAGCAUGUCUUAUCUUUACAGGGGAAAUAUGUUGUAAAUACAUAUAUUUUUCACUGAGAUAAAAUUUGUAGUUAAAAUAAAUAUAAACAAAUUAGCGUCACUCAUAAAACAGUGGUUGUUGCUUCUCACUUGCCCUUUCAAUAACCCUGCCUCUUAACUUCCUCCAUUCCUUCUCCAGUUUUCGUUUUCUUUUUCUGACUCCUGUUGCAAGUGGUAGGUCAUGGAAUCCCCUACUGCCUGCUACUACUACCACAUUGUAACAAAAAAUGAUGUAUGCGUGCUUCUUCAAUAUACAUUUUGAAGUUCUUAUAAUUAGUUGCAAUGCUUUCCUUCUACAUCACGUGUUUUAAGAACUUCUUCAUGUUUAUAGUCCAAAUAAUUUUGUCCAGUUACAGUGAAGUACUUGAAUUGCCAACUAUUGAGACUCUGUUUAGAUUUCACUGAGAUUAAAUUAACCUAAAUCAAGUAUUUCACCUCAGAUGGGUCGUGGAUCAUUCUUUAUGAAUUAAAUGAUACCUGAUGACUUCAAAUUAUUUCAUAGUCUAAUGUGAUAAAAUAGCUUCAUUAUAAAGAAAGAUCAUUUAUAUUUAAACGUUGACUCAACUUGUAUAUAUAUAUAUAAUUUCUUUCUUAAUCACUUACAAAAUGUGGGUUUUAGUGUGAGAUAUUUUUCAGCCAAUAGGGGGGCAAAGAAGGAGAAGUACAUGUUUUCUUAAACUCUGCAUAAAUGUUUUGUUAUGAAAUAAAAUAAUGCAGUUCAAUAAGAUUUUUUUUAAAGUAUAAAUUUCCUGACUAAAUCCAAGCCAUUGCCUAUCCAUCAAAUUCAUGUACAAUUUCCUUAUAUUUUCACUAAAUUAAGAAUAUCCUUUGCUUUUACUACUAUGUAGUAAUCUUAAACUAUGUCUUUCAGUUAUAUAUUUUUCAGUGCUGUUUCUUCUGUCACUUUUUCCCCAGUGUAAAUCUUUCAUUCUGUUGGCAUAGCAUCACCUCCCUUGUAUAUAAUUAUUUAUUUUUGAGGUUUUAAAUAUGUCAACUUAGUGUUAGCAUACUGUCUGUUCUUAGAUUAUAUGCAUCUGUUUUACGAUAGAAGGUGAGAGAAAAUUAAUCUCUCAUAUAUGAAUGAGAUAUGUGUGUGUAUGUAUGUAUGUAUGUAUUGUAUUUUCCAUUUGAAAAGUGUACUGUGUAUGGUAUUAUUGUUUAGCAUUAUGAGGGAAAUGAUGAUGUAAUGUCAAAUACUGGUCAGAAGGGACUAGUGAGAUGGAUUUAGAGAGUGACCAAAGCAGAAAUAAAGUAUUCCAUUUGUUAGUU